GGAAAAUAUAUAAACUAUAUACAAUUCAAUAAAAAAAAUGAAUGAAAUUAAAAAAUAAAUGAAACCUGCGAAUAUAUAUUUUUUUAAAUAUAUUUUUGAUUAUAUAUUUUACAUUCCAACAAAACAAAACAAGAAUUUAAUAACACUUUAAAAUAUAGAAUGAUGAAAAUGAAAAUUGAUGACUUGCCGAAUUACAAAAAUCAUUGGUUAGAAUCGAAAAUUAUUGGUAUUCAAACAUCAAUUUAUUGCAACAUUCCUGCUCCAUUAAAAUCCAAACAAAAAAUGACAAGGGAUUUGUUGCUCAAGAAGUUGUUAAUUUUAUGAUAUUAGUAUUCAUAAUUUAGUUCUGAUUACAUACAUUACAUUACAUACAUUAUAAUAUAAAUUUAACAAAUAAUUUUUUCCUAAACAUAUAACCCUAGAAUUUUUGUGUUGUUGCAUAGGGAAAGACUAAAAUAAUACUAAACGUUAUAACUGCUUAACUUAUUUUAUAUAUGGGAGAGUUAGCCAAGCAUAUUUUGUUAAUAAACAUGAACGUCUAGUAGAGAGUUCAAUUAAGAAAAUAUCUUCGAAAUGGGUCUAUCUAUACAUCUUCUAUCUAUCCCCAAAUCCGCUAAACGAUUUUUCCGGAUAUCUUCGGAUAUACUCGGGAUUUUUUAACUUCAAGAGAGAAUGUUAAAAAAUCCAUUUUCCAAUUCAACACAUCGACUCAAUACAGUUCGGGGUAUCUCUGGCCAAUCUCUUUUGAAAAUUUGAAUAAAAAAAAAAAACAAGUUCCAGAUGAUUCUUCGACAUAUAAUCGCAUAGACGCGAACAAUUAUUUUCAAUUAUUACCAAAUUUUAGAAAACUUCAUAAAGUAAUUAUAAAAAAGAAACAUACAUAUCUGGUAUUUGAGCAGCACCCAAUGCUUAACUAACGGAUAAACCGCUUCCGCACGAUUUAUAACUUGCGAACCAGCGGUUUCGAUGCUUUAUUGAUUUUAGGGAGCAGCGACCUAGUUAGAAAAUCGCCGUUUGUAUAACCUUUUGAGUAUUUGAGAAUGAAUUAGUUACUGCGUAAAAUAGACCAUAAUAACUUUUAAAAUAUUUGAAAACGAUUCGCGAACGCUUCCGUCGAUUCAUAUAUAGCGUCCCUAGCGUAUCCCGUACGGACAUUCUCGUGUCUACGACAAAGACAGAAAAUAACCUUGCCACAUCAUAAAUUAACACAGCACUUUAACUACAACGAUUAAAAAUAUUAUCACCUUGCUUGUGGUAAAGGAAUUUACACUACGGUAGGUAUUUAGUAAUUUUUAGCUGAACGUUAGAGACUUAAUCUAUAAGAUUUGUGCUAAACAGGGAGUCUCAAAGAAAUUUUAAAUGGGCAGCAGCAAUAUCGAAAUUUGCAACGGUAGCGGCCUAGAUUGUUGUAAAGAAUACAAACGAUUAAAAAUUUUGCCAGCAAAUGAUCAAAUCAAAGAAUUACAAACCAUAUUACGAGACAAAAACACCACACGUAGUGAUUUUAAAUUUUAUGCAGAUAGACUGAUUCGUCUAGUCAUAGAGGAGAGUUUAAAUCAACUACCUUUUACAGAAUGCAAUGUAGUAACACCAACGAGUGCCACUUACCAUGGUUUGAAAUACAAAUCAGGUAACUGUGGUGUUUCAAUAGUAAGAUCUGGAGAAGCUAUGGAGCAAGGGUUAAGAGAUUGUUGUCGUAGUAUUAGAAUAGGAAAAAUUUUAGUUGAGUCUGAUGCAGAUACGCAUGAGGCCCGAGUUGUGUAUGCAAGGUUUCCAGAAGAUAUUGCACAGAGGCAUGUUUUACUGAUGUAUCCCAUUAUGUCAACUGGAAACACUGUUAGCAAGGCUGUGAAUGUUUUAAAAGAACAUGGAGUUAAGGAGGAGUGUAUUAUUUUAAGCAAUUUAUUUUGUACACCUCAAGCUGUACACACAGUACUGGACUCUUAUCCUAAAAUGAAAAUUUUAACCUCAGAAAUCCAUCCCGUUGCUCCAAAUCAUUUUGGCCAAAAAUAUUUUGGCACUGAUUAAAACCAAGACUGAUUUCCUGUAAGCACUUUUUUGGCCCUUUUAUGUUAACCAAAUUGACCUAAUUUUUUGUUUGAUUUAUUGAAUCCCAGACAAUAAAACAAACGCUUGUUUAUAUUUUGGUUGUUGAAUAGAGUGUGGGAUAGUCAUUUUUUAGUAUCUACUUCAUAAAUCAUUAGGAAGUAAUUCGACUUCAAUUAUUGUAAUGGUAGUUAAUUAAGUUAACCUUGAAAAGAAUUAAAAAAGAAGACCUGUAUAUUAAAGAACAGAACUCAUCCCUUAAAAUCUGAAGUAAUGCAAGUAUACAAUUAUAUUACACUGAUUGUCGCAACAAUUUAUCAGUCAAACUGAUCGUUAGGAAAUAAAACCAUAUAUGAAAAUAUUUUGUUACUUUUAUAACAAAUGAAUGCAAUUAAUUUUAUGCCAACUCUUGUGCAAAACCAUAAAUGAAUAAAUUUAUUAAUUGGACAAAAUAAUUGUUUUUAUUAAAAUGCGAGAGCAUCAACGAAAUGGGACAUUUUUGUCAAGGAUCACCUUUCUC